AUGGCGGCCAUGUGGCCCAUAAAAUUUCAAAAGGAUGCGAAACCCGGCAAGACACUGAAACGCAAAUGUGACGAACCUGCUGUAAAAAAUUAUGAGGAGAAAAGAAACCGCUUGUUUCAGCCAGCCUGGCAAGCUGGGAGACCAUGGCUUCUAUUUGAUGCGGUUAAAGGUAUGACCUGUAGUUGGUGCACUGAGCAUGGCAGAGGGGGCAUUGAAGGUGCAAGUAAGAAGAAUUUAUUUGUCGUUGGCUCGAAGAACUAUAAACACUCUACAGUCACUGACCAUGAAAAGUCGAAGUUGCAUUUGGAGGCGACAAAUGUGAAAAAUUCAAAGAAAGAGGCGAAAGAGAAGAAGAGCACUGCUCACAAAACUGUUAUGGCAUUGAAGGAGCAUACACGAAAACAAAUGGAAUACCGAUUCAGGAACGUCCAUGCUCUUAUCAAAAACAACAGACCUAUAUCUGAUUAUGUAUGGCUAAAUCAGCUUGACCGAGCUAAGGGCCUGGAGAUCAGUUCCACUUACGACAAUUCUUCUUCUGCUACCUUGUUUCUAGAAUUUAUAUCUUCUGUAGAAAAGGAAAAGCUUACAAAUAUCUUGGCCCAGAUUAAGUUUUUCUCUAUGACAAUGGAUGGAAGUACGGAUGACAGCACUACUGAACAAGAAACUGUGUUUCUCAGGAGUUCUGUACAAGGAAAGAUGAUAAUGAGAUUCCUUUUUAUCGGUGAACCAAAUUCAACUGGAUCCGCUGAUCUGUUUACAUUCCUGAAAGAAAAACUAGCAGCAAACAAUGUAUUGGACUAUAUGAGUAAAUUUAUUGGAUUUGGAUGUGAUGGGGCAGCCAACAUGAUGGGUAGAAAAUCAGGUCUAUUAACUCGACUUCAGGAGGAAUAUCCUCAUGUUGUUGGUGUGCAUUGCUUGGCUCAUCGAUUAGAACUUUCCUUUCGAGACAUAUUUAGGAAUAACAAAUACUAUGUCAAACUGUCAACUUUGCUCAUUGGGCUUUUUUAUUUCUACAAGAACAGCCCUAAACAGAGGAAAGGUCUAAGAGAGGCAAUGAAAGUUAUGAGUGUGAAAGGAACCCUGCCUCACAGAGUGGGAGGAAGCCGAUGGAUGCCCCACAUUAAAAAAGCUUUGGAAACUCUCUUCAGGACGUACCCAGCAUUCAUUUCGCAUCUCCAAAAUGAAUCUCAUCAAGAUGCCAAAGCAGAGGGGCUUGCGAAAAUUAUGGAUGAUUUUAAUAUCAUUGCAUUUGCCAUAUUACUCCAGGACCUGAUCAACCCCUUGACAAAAUUGUCAUUGUUGCUUCAAGCCAAAGAUACAACACUGGCUGAUACAACAGAUGUGAUCGAGAGCACGAUUGAUUAUUUGCUGCAGUGUAAAACUAGCCAAAGUUUGAAACUUGUUGCUGUUACUACUUCGAAAACUGUCUCUGGAUAUGGUUUGAAAAUAAGAGGAAAGGAGCUCAACAUCUGUGCCACAACAGAGAAUAUUGUUGACGAGUUGAUUUCUCAACUAAGAGCAAGGUUGUGUGGUCAGCCCUGGGUUAAGUCAACCCUGAUUGGAAGUUUCAAAAAUUGGCCAGUAGAAGAUACAAAUGCAGAAUUUGGAAAGAAGGAAGUGGAAUUGUUGACAGAGAAAUUCCACACUGCAUUAACUACUGCUGAGUAUGACACUUCACAGAUGGUUUCAGAGUGGAGCUUAUGA